UACCUUAUUAAGGCAUGUUCAGAAAGUAAAAGUUCGUUUUAUAACAGUUUUCGGGAGGUGCAAAAAGAAGAAAAAAAAUUUCCAAACAGGAAAACUUAAUUCUACCUAGUUAAUUAGUUAUUUCUAUCAGUUUGAUGUCAAAAAAUAAAAACCAAGAGAAUCACAGAUAAAAUUAUAACAUGGAAUAAUUCGAAAUUGUUGUGAAUUUAUUGGUAAAUGAAGGUCUGAAUUUUGUCCUACAUUUUUUUGCGUCGUGGAGUGUUAGUUUUGGAUAAUUAAAAGAAAAUACGAAGAUGCAUGCCUGGUCUGGUGAUAUUGUUCACUUAAAUGUGGGUGGAAAAAAAUUUUCAACAUCCAGAACAACUCUCAAUCAAAUUCCCGACACCUUCUUCACAGCUCUCUUAUCUGGUCGAAUUCAAUCACUACGAGAUGAAAAUGGUGCAAUAUUUAUUGAUCGUGAUCCAGAUUUAUUUUCUUUAAUUUUAAAUUAUUUAAGAACGAAAGAUAUCGAUUUGAAGUUAUGUGAUAUUCGGUUAUUGAGACAUGAAGCGGAAUAUUAUGGAAUUUCUCCUCUUAUUAAAAGACUGUUGUUGAUCGAAGAGAUGGAUCAUUCUGGAUGUGGUGACUUGUUGUUUUACUGUCUGCUACCAGCACCAAACAUUCCAAUUCAAGAGUAUGUACAAGCUGCAAUAAAUCAAACUUCAAUUGAAAGUGAAGCGAGUUCUUCAUCAGUUUCAUCACGUCCAACACCUGGUGCUUUGAUUCGUGCACCGUCAGAGACAUCUCGUCCAACAACGAAUGAUGUUUCAAGGCAUAAUCAUUCACACUCGCGAACAUCUUCAUGGGACUUGCGAGUGUCAAGAAAUCUUAACAAUCAUUCAAGAAAUCCUUCAUUAGACUUGCGUCAUUCUAGAAAUUCAUCGGCAGAUUUAAACAAAUUUGUUAAGAAUGAUCUGGGUUUAGUGUUUGGACAACUUCAACAAAAUCAAGCAUGGAUUGAUCCACUUCGUGUCCAAGUCAUUAAAGCACAUCACAAUUGGCUUGCAGUUGCAUAUUCACAUUUCUUUAUUUGUUAUCGAAUGAAAGAUUCAUCAGGAUGGAAACUCGUCUUCACAUCGCCAUUCAUCGAUCAUGUCAUUGAACGAAUUGCAAUUAAUGCGAAAAUGAAUUUAACUUCAUCUAAUGAUACGCCAUUGCGAAUGGUCGCCAUAAGUUAUGGAUCAGAAAUUAAAUUAUGGGGAAUUGGUGAAGAUGGUGGGAAAUCUGAUAUCAUUGGGACAUUCAAUCUGCAAGUGCGCGUUGAAUUUCUCUUCUUCAUUGGCAAUCAACUUGUCGCUUUAUCAUCGUCUGGAAAAAUUGGAGUUUGGCACUCAAACACAAGACAUUUUCAGAUUCAAGAUCUUUUGCCGAUUUUAUCAUUCGAUCAUGCUGGCUCGUUUUUGUUGCUUGGAUGUACAAAUGGCUCAAUUUACUACAUAGAUAUGCAAAAGUUUCCUUUGAGAAUGAAAGAUAAUGAUCUGCUUGUGACGGAACUCUAUAAAGAUCCAACAAACGAUCAAAUUACGUCGAUUUCUGUCUAUUUAACGCCGAAAACAACAAGUUUGUCAGGUAAUUGGAUCGAGAUUGCUUAUGGAACAAAGUCAGGUGCUGUUAAAGUGAUUGUUCAACACCCAGAAACUGUCGGUCAUGGACCUCAACUCUUCCAAACGUUCACUGUCCAUCAAUCGCCAGUGAUCAAAGUUACAUUGUCAGAAAAAUAUUUAAUUUCUGUCUGUAGUGAAUACAAUCAUGUAAGAACGUGGCGUGUUACAAGAUUCCGAGGAAUGAUCAGCACACAACCAGGUUCAACACCUGAAGCUUCUUAUAAAGUCGUGUCACUUGAGUCUGUCGAAACAAACAACACAUAUUUAGCUGGAAAUGAUUUUGGGCCGUUUGGUGAACAAGACGAUGAACAAAUUAUGAUUCAAAAAGUUGUUCCUGACACGGACAAGUUGUUUGUUCGAUUGGCGUCUAAAGGCGAUCGAGUUUGUGUGAUAAAAUCUGUGGAUUCAACAACAAUCACUUCAUUUUGUGUACAUGAAUGUGAAGGAUCGUGUACAAGGAUGGGAUCAAGGCCGAGACGUUUUCUAUUGACAGGUCAUUGCAAUGGAACUAUUCAGUGGUGGGAUUUGUCAACUGCACUUGAAUUAUUUAACAAAGGAGAGUUGGUUCAAAAAUCCAGUGGAGGUCCAUCAGCUGAAGAACUUUUACAAGAACUUGAUCAAUGUGACUUGAGCAGUAGUCACAAUAACACUCCAUCAAUGUCACCUGGAAUCUCGAAUUUACAUGCUGCUCAAACAAGAUUGAAAUCUUCUAAUAUCAAUUUUCUUAAUCAAAAUGUUUCUCAUAAUUCAACAGAUAUUUGAAUUAAUUUAAUUAUGAAGCUUUAAGCUUAAAAAUAUUUAAUUGAAGUUCAUAUUUAUUAAGAAUUCGGCUUUUGUAAAAUACCAAAAACCAUUCUCUUGCAUUUUUUACAAUAUUUAUAUUUUCACGUAAAGAAAUUUUCAUAAG